UAAAAAAAACUAUAAUAUAUGGAACCGCUCUAUGAAAAUUGCACUUCUCAUGAAGAACAAGCUCGGUUUUGUGGAUGGAGAUUAUCGCAGAUAGCAAUAUGAUUUGGCAUUCCAUUUGCAGUGGGAAAGGUGCAAUGUGAUUGUUCUUUCGUGGAUUCUUAACUUAGUGAGUCAAGACUUAUCAGCUAGGAUUGUUUUUGCAUCAAGUUCAACUACUGUUGGGAAGGAUAUGAAGGAACGCUUUGACAAAAUCGAUGGUUCUAGGGUUUUCUUCCUCCAUCGGUCGAUAGCAACUCUUCUCCAAGUAAAUCAGGCUUAUUCUAUCAUUGCUCAAGAGGAAUCACAACACAUACUGUCUGAGGGUUCAACUGAUUCUUCUGUCAUGUUUUCCAGUCUUUCUAAUGCUUCAAGAGGGACGGAUCAAAAGCGUUUUUCAAGCGUCUGUGAGUAUUGCAAAAUUAGAGGACAUCGAAAGGAAAAUUAUUAUAGGCCGAUAAAGUUCCCUUCUGACUUCAGAUUCACCGAGAAGAAGACUCCUCCAACAGCGAUGGCAUUGAAUAGUGAGUCAACAGACUUUUUGAAUUCAGACUCUAGUUUUGUACCUGUUGUUUCUGCCUCAAUGGUGUUUACUUUUGCAAUCGAACAACAUAAUCAAAUCUUGAGUUUGUUGAAUAAGGCACCCACUUUAGCUUUCAGUGUGAAUCUUACAGGUACUGUUGCCUGUGAUUUACUUGCUAUUGAAUCUUUACUGCUUUGGAUUUUAGAUACAGGGCUACAGGCCACAUCAUAUCUGAUUUCAAAAGCUUGGUAUAUCCUAUUUCAUUUCCUAAACCUCAUUUUAUGCAUAUGCCUGGUCAAUCUGAAUUGGUAACACAUAUUAGAUCAUCCAAUGGCAUGAUCAUGGGGAUUGGUAGAAAGUAUCAUCCAAUGGCAUGAUCAUGGGGAUUGGUAGAAAGUCUAAGGGACUUUUUUUGAAUCAUGUAAAGGAGUUGCUCAUUAUCUUUCUGGUAAACAAUGCAAUGUUUUUCAUUCAGUUAGU